AUGGACAUCGUGCAGCAGCUCGAGGAGCUCAGCCAGCUGGACAGCGGCUUGCACUGGUUCUGCCCGCGCGAGUCUGCCGAGGACGCCAACUUGUACUUCGAUGAGGAUCUCACGGAUUCCCUCGCCUCAGAGCCCGCGAAGCAGAAGGAAGCGAGACAAGCUAAAAACCGGCUGGCAAACGAGCGGCGAGAGCAGGCUUUACUCACUUCCAAGAUUCUUGCCUUCGAUGGACAAGAUGCCAAACCGUAUCAGGAGAAAUUGAUAAAAUGCUUCGCCGAGCAGCUCACCCGCUGCGACAUAUGCAUUCGCGAGUAUCAUCGCUCUCGGGCAUGGUUACGCGCACAGCUGGAGGAGGAGUAUCCCGAGGAUGACGUGCGGGAAUUCAUGCAAAAGUACGAUGAAAUGAAUAAUGAGAGGAUAAUAUCCGGUCUCGCAACAAUGACCGAGACGCUCAUGGAUCUUCCCCCGGCGGACCGCAAGAUCACUUCAGCUGGCGACCAAGGCAUGUACGCAAUGUUCGAGGCUCUUAAUUGCAGGCCAUUCAUCAAUAACGAGGACUUGUUGAAGGCGUGGUUCGACAAGCCUUUUGGCAUGGUACAGGUCAAGAAGAAAGUCACGAUACCUCAGUACGCACCUGGCAUGGUAGCCUUCUUGUUCUCCAGCGAGCAAGUCCGUACUUCUUGGGCCGAGAAAAACUUCGACAAGAUCAAGCGGCCUCUGUUACCAAACGAAUUUGAAUUCAGCGUAAAGCCCUUUCUGGAGCCUGCUCUUGGAAGAGUCUACAUCACAGCCCUAGAGGAGGAGUUCCUUCCUAUAUUCUGGAAGGCAACGCGAAGGAUUGUCCGCGGACUGGACAGAUCCCUCAUUGCUAAUAACUUCCGCGCUAUGGAUGCAAACUUGUACACCAUCGGCUUGGAACACUUUCAACUCGACAAGCCACAUUUCGAGGAUCUACUGGCAACCUAUCGCAUGCUUCUUGACAAGGCUCCAGCGGAAUUUUGGGAUGCCAUGGGAUCAUAUGGAGCGCCCCCUAUCAUCAACACAAUCUUUGCUGCUCCAGGUCUCGAGCAUAUGCUUCUUACUAGGGAGGAGCGUCCCCAUGGGCAGCAAACGCACAUCGCUGAGAGAAUGGAAUGGGUGAACGCGUUCAUCCGGAGCAUCAAGCCAAGUUUGAUUGUGGCUCCUCUCCGGAUUGUGCUAAAUCAGACUUUGCACAAAUAUCAGGAAGAAAAGUAUCCACACUCAACCAGUAGUGUAGCGUGGGAAGUGGGUCUAUCCUGUGUGUCAUAUGCAUGUGAUGCGCUCAAGGAGACAGUCGAAGGUGGGCCAGUCUACACGCAUUUUCUUGAGACGAUCGCCAAAGACCACCUUGGUGUCAUCAUGCAAGAUCUGGAAGGCAUCGAAUCAAAGGGAGAGAUUCAAGUUACCAAGAGCCAGAGUCUUGAACUACAAAUCUUGCAGAGCGCCCUGGCUCUCGAUUUGAAAAGUCUGACUCGCGACCGAAAGAUGAUUGAGACGAAGCGCGAAUUGGACCACGAGAUUGGUGCGUCAAGCUUGAACAUCUGGAAAGUUUGCAUGCGGCAUGUCAAGCCAGGCCAACCUAUCUUCGUCAUUGCCAUCCUCUCUGGCAUCACGGGCUUACUGCCGCUUGAUACACUGCCUCCGAAGUCCGUGUCAGUAGCGCAAAAGGCGGGUGAAAGCUUCAAUAUGGCGCUUGGCAGAGUCCAGGAGUAUGUCACCGCCGACUUUUUGGAGCGACUUGACGCGUUCAGUCCCGAUCAAUUAGUCGAUGUUCUCGCUGACAAGCAUGCCGCUCGUGGUAUCAUGUCACUGCUUUUCAGUGGCGACAACGCUAUCCACAACGGAGCACUUUCUGUGCUGAAGACUCUCAGCGGCGAGGAUGGCCGACGAGACAGCUUGAUGCACGUAAUAAGGCUCUUCUUCAGCACAGUUCUCCAAGCUGCUGGAGCUUCAGUACGGGACAUCAAUGAUGCUCGGGUCUUCGGUCCGUGCUCUAACAUGCUCAAGCUCCUUCGAGACGUGUUUAGCUGCCUUUGCGAUACUUCUGAUGGUAUACUUCGUAGCAAGACAGAAUUCACCAAGGAUGAUACCACAGCGCUGCGCACACUCUGGAUGCGCACCUGGACGAUGCUUCAGACCAUAUUCGAUAACACUGAGUCGUGGAGCAGCUUGGGCCACAACAAGGAUGACAUGAAGGACUUUUGUCGAGAGACCAUGGACUUUGCAGACUUCGUUUUUGAUCAGUACUCUAUCAUUGCUAGCACUCUACAGACGGCGCGCGGCGAUCGAAGCUCUGUAUCAUCGGGGAAAGAUUUAUUGCAACAGCCCAACAACGCAUUCAAAAGCGUCAUCAAGUGGCUGCGUCUGCGCGACGAUUAUCUAAUCCAGAAGGCUGUCGACCUCACCGGAAAGCUACUUGGUAGGAUGCGUGAGGUCGGUGUCGAGAUCUCGACAGAGUCUGCUCAGUACGUCGAGGAUGUUGUGGCUACCUCGGACAAGCAAUAUAAGAUCAAAUCCAAGCUCGACAUGAAUCAGAAGGCGGUACUUCAGCGCGCUCUUGAACAGCACACCGGAAAAUCGUUAGCCAGCACCAACGUCAAUACGACUACUAGCCGCACAAAGCAAAGCUCCCUCCAAGGCUGGGCGGUGCCUGGGACCGGACAUGAUGACAGGUCUGGUUCAUCCACUCCAGUAUCCGGCGCAAGGCCGAAGAAUGUGAUUAAUGUCGAUGAAUGGUCGAAGACGGCAGAUCGUCAAAAGGCAGAGGGUGCCAAACCAAUGCAAAAAGUACCCAGUUUGACGCAACAAAAAGCUGCGGCUCAGCAGCAGGCGGACCAGAAGAACUUCUUGCAAAAGCGUAAACAGGCCCUUGCAGAGCAACAAAAGCAAAAGCAAGCCGCAAUCGAAAAGGCCAACCUUGGCGCAGGCAGUGGUGUUGCUGGCAUUGGCAACCUGGGCAAAGACCACUCAACAACUGGCCAGACAGUCAUGAUUGAUGACGACGAACUGGAUCGCGAGGAAGAGGAAGAGGAAGAGGGUGACGACGAUGACGACCUGGAUGAUGAUCUUUUCGGCACCAGCAGCAAGCCUAAGAAAGGCUCCAUACCACGAGUCGACGUUUCGGGCGCAGUUGGAUUGAAGCCGGAAUUCAAAGGCCCUACUCGAAUUCAGCGAAUCACCCGCACGGCGAAAGAUCUUCGGGCUCGAGUUAAACAAGAUUUGUCGCCACUAUACCACAUCAUGUUAGGGUGGGACUACUUUCACGAGGGCAUUUACCCCCCUGGGUAUUCCGAGAGCGAUUUCUCACAGGUCUCCAACUCAUUCUGGGAACACGAGUCAUAUCGUCAGACAUUUGAACCGCUUCUAAUCAUGGAAGCUUGGUCGUCCAUGGCGCAAGAAAAGGAGCAGAACACAUCAAAGCCAUACGAGAUCAAGAUUUUGAAUCGUGGCAACGUCGACCGGUUCAUUGAAGUCAGCAGUAUGCUUGGUCAGCAGGAGAACAAGGAGCUGGGUUUACACGAGGGCGACAUUGUUCUGCUCUCGAAAUCAUCGAAGCCUGCUAGCGAUGGUGACUCGCCACAUUGCCUUGCUCGCAUUUCUCGGAUCAAGCGUCAAAAGGGCACUCUUGAGGUGGUGUACCAAGUCAUGCCUGGUUCGACUCUGGCUGGUCAGCUCACGAUGCAAACUAUUAUACAUGGUCUGAAGGUCCAAUCCAUAACUCCCCUCGAGCGCGAGUACGCGGCGCUGAAAGCAUUACAAUUCUACGAUCUCAACAUGCAGAUCGUCAAGGGAAAGCCCUCGCCCCGACUCAACUACAGCGACAAACAGAUAUCCCAGAUUCAAGAUGUCUACAAGCUGAACCGAGCCCAGUGUGAAGCCGUCAAUGCUGCACUUGAUAACGAGGGCUUCUCUCUGAUCCAGGGCCCGCCGGGCACCGGCAAGACGGGCACCAUCAAAGCCAUUGUUGGGGGUCUCUUGACUCAGACUUUGGGUAGCCGCCUCAAGGGCGCUACCAAGAUCGCUGUACCCAACGCCAAUGGCAGACUGAACGGCAGCGAAGACACGGCUCCCAAAAAGCUGAUGGUGUGUGCUCCCAGCAAUGCUGCGAUUGACGAGAUUGUGAUACGACUCAAGGAUGGCAUCAAGACUAAGGACGGCAAAGAACACAAGAUCAAUGUUGUUCGUAUUGGUAAAUCAGAUGCUAUCAAUGCGAAGGUCCAAGAUGUGACUAUGGACGAGUUGGUUGCAAAGAAGCAAGGCAGCGGCAACGAGAAAGACCAAAAGGCGCGUGAGCAAUCGAGCGAGGUGUUUCGCAAACACAAGGAAAUAUCAGAUCAAUUGAAGGAGCUCUACAACAUCCGCGAUGCGCACGAGAAAGGUGAGCACGACAUGGUGGCAUCAGCGCGCAAGAAGCUUGACGACGACAUCGUUCUGGCGAAGAAGGAAAAGACUCGGCUCGGACAGCAAAUCGACCGUCUCAAAGAUCAGGAGCGUGAAGCGGGCCGAGAGCAGGAGAUGAACACGAAACGAGCACGCCAGGCGGUCCUCGAUGAGGCGCAUGUGAUAUGUGCAACGCUCAGCGGGAGCGGACACGACAUGUUUUCCAACCUCAACAUCGAGUUCGAGACCGUCAUUAUUGAUGAGGCAGCUCAGUGUGUGGAGAUGAGCACCUUGAUUCCCCUCAAGUAUGGCUGCAUCAAGUGCAUCCUGGUCGGCGACCCCAAGCAGUUGCCACCUACCAUAUUUUCGGACCAGGCCAAAGCUUUCCAGUAUGAGCAGAGCCUGUUCGUCCGUAUGCAGAAGAACUCGCCCAAUGACGUGCACUUGCUGGAUACUCAGUAUCGAAUGCACCCGGCCAUCAGCGCAUUCCCAAGCACCGCGUUCUACGACCAACUGCUCAAGGACGGCAUCACCGCGCAAGCUAGAGUGCGGCCGUGGCAUGCCAGUGCUUUGCUCGCGCCGUACCGAUUCUUCGAUGUUCGUGGACGGCAGACCAAAGUCGGAAAGUCCUCGAUUAACGUCGACGAAAUCGAACACGCCAUGGCGUUGUACGAGCGUUUGAUGAUAGACUUCAAACAUCUCUUCCAAUUCAAUGACGCGGAUGGCGGCGCCCAGAUUGGCAUCAUCUCAACAUACAAGGCGCAGCACAGAGAGAUGAAGAACCGAUUCAUCAGAAAGUACGGCACCGACGUCGAGGAGCACGUCGAAUUCAACACGACCGACGCCUUUCAGGGCCGUGAGAAAGAGGUCAUCAUCUUCUCUUGCGUGCGUGCCUCUCAAGGUAUCGGUUUCUUGAAGGAUAUUCGCCGUAUGAACGUGGGUCUCACACGUGCGAAAUCUAGUCUCUGGAUCCUGGGAAGCUCUGAGAACUUAAGCACCCACACCUACUGGAAGAAGAUGGUGGAUGAUGCGCGCUCAACAGACCGUUACACCACUGGCAACAUACUCGGCAUGCUCCGCCAGCCAUCUUCCAACUUCCGGGCUAGCGUCACUUCCUCGAACACUCAGGCAAUGCUCGAUAUUAUCAAUCAUCAUGCAAUGCUGAAUGCCGAGGCUGCUGAGCAGAAUCUCAACGACUACAAGAUGACGGACGCGGCAUGGGAGCGUGAGAACUCUGUCGGCGGGGAUAACAAGCCUACGUCAGCCACAGACAAGACAAUGUCCCGUGAUUCUGAUAGGAUGGAUGGCGUGACGGUGAAGUUUGAAGACCGCAUGGGCAGGAAGCGUACAGCAUCAGCCAUGGAUCUGGAUGAGAACGAGGCCUCUGAGGAGCGUAGACGGCGAGGCCCUGGAGGAUUUAACGGACCGAACGAGACGCCAGGCGACAAUGUCAGCCCCAAGACCACACUGCCACCAAAGCAACAGAGCCGCUCGGCCACCCCGGCUUCGAACUCUGGCAAGGCUGACGUUGAGAACGGUCGGAGCGCACCUCGCUCUCGAACGGGCGCUCCGCUCUCGGCGGGAUCCAGCGAACAGGGCCCGAACGGAGAGCAGAAGCAUACGAACGGAGAGCAGAAGCAUGCGAACGGAGAUGCGGGUGCGUCCAAGGCGAGAGCGCCUCUGGUGCAACAGCCCAAGUCAGCUCCCAAGAAGAAGCCUGGACCCAGCUUGUUCAUGCCCAAGAAGCCUGCUGCGAAGCGGUAG